AUGCAAUUCAGCACCCUCUCCUUAAUAGUCUGUUGCUCUGUGGCCCUCAGUUGGGCCUCCGAAUGGGGAUAUCCGUACUUAUUCGACCAUCAGGGUAAGCCCUUUCCAAAAUGGGGCGGUCUUUGCGCAAGAGGCAAGAGACAAAGCCCCAUAGAUCUGCAUGCCAAUGGGGCUACAUUGGACGAAUAUGCUCCUCUCAAGUUCAAGAACUACGAUGAGCUUCAAGAAAAACUGCUAAUGGUCAACAAUGGACAUUCAGUUCAGAUAUCUGGCUUCAACCAAAAACUCACCUUGAGUGGUGGCGCCCUGCUAAAUGAUUACGAGGUUGCCCUGAUCCACAUGCAUUGGUCGUCUGAACAUACAAUCAACAGCAACCGGUAUCCGUUGGAAGUGCACAUCGUGCACCGGAACACCAUUUACCCCAACAUGACAAUGGCGGAAAACUCCGAAGAUGGCCUCGUGGUUAUUGGAGUGCUCUUUCAUACGUCCAAUAAGCCCAACGAGGCACUUGGCAGUAUCAUCAACAGUCUAAGAACCGUGAAGAGCUGGGAUCUUGUAGACAAGCCUGUUUUUAUGGCAGACUCCUUGACUGUGGGUGAUUGGAUUCCCAGUGUGAAGAGAUACUUCACCUAUGCCGGCUCACUGACAACGCCCAAUUGCAACGAGAUCGUCACAUGGAUUGUAUUCACCGAGACAUUGCCGGUCACCCUUGACCAGGUCAAUGAGUUUAAGAAAAUUGAGUUCGCAAAGGGCAAGCAGUUGCAGAACAACUCCCGGGAGCUGCAGAGCGAUAACCACCGCGCUGUUUUCCUGGUCGAGCAACGGGAAGAGCGAUCGAUAACAGCAGAACUCACGGCAUCCGUAUCCCUGAUUAUGCUCAUCACGGUGUGCCAAAAGUUUCUGCUGUAGAUUUUAUGUGGAUGCCCCAAAGAGGAAAGAAUAGAAUUUGUUUACUAAUUAUUUGGCGGUGUAAGGAAAUGAUUUCACAUAUCAUCCGCCGUCUAUUAAUUAUAUUAACAAAU